AAUAUCUAGCGAGCAGCGUUUUGUUAUUUUGAGGGUCAAUGAGUAAAGAGCAGUAGACACUCCCUUCUUCCAUCCACCCAUGUUUCACUUUCAUCUUCUUCUGAUCUUCUUUCUUUCCCACCUACAAGUCAAUUGAUUUUCCCUCUGUCUCUCUCCUGUUUUUUUUUCUUUUUCUUUUCUUGUUUAUAUAUAUAUAUAUAUAUGUAUCAAUCUAUCUAUCGGUAGUUCUCCUUUUGUGGUUGUUAUUGUUAUGCUUCAACUGGGGUUCAUUACUUUGUUGCUUAUGAUCAGAUAAUAGAGAUUGUCGGAUGUUGAGUUGAUACACGGGAUUUUAGCUUGAAAGAGCAUUGGAAUUGAAUUACGAAUCGUUGAUUGGGUUUUGAGUAAACCGCGUCUUUACGUAAAGAAAGAUUUUAGGGAAUUUAUUUCGAUUGUUUGAUUUUGAAGGAGAUGGGUUGUUUUUCUUGCUUCGAUUCGAAAGAAGAAGAGAAGUUGAAUACUCAGAAAGAAACCGAGGAUCGGAAGGAAAGCCAAGCAACAGUACCCAACAACAUUUCAAAAUUGUCUUCGGGAGGGGAGAGGCUCCGAUCAAGAAGCAAUGGGGGGUCCAAGAGGGAAUUACCAGGUCCCAGGGAUGGGCUUGGUGUCAAUAUAGCUGCUCAAACAUUUACCUUCCGAGAACUUGCAGCUGCAACAAAGAAUUUUAGGCCAGAGUCUUUCUUAGGAGAAGGUGGAUUUGGUCGGGUUUAUAAAGGAAAUCUCGACAGCACGGGCCAGGUUGUUGCUAUUAAACAAUUAGACAGGAAUGGUCUGCAGGGUAACAGGGAAUUUCUUGUGGAGGUUCUUAUGCUCAGCCUUCUUCAUCACCCCAACCUUGUGAACCUGAUUGGUUACUGUGCUGAUGGAGAUCAACGGCUCCUUGUCUAUGAAUUUAUGCCCUUUGGAUCAUUAGAAGAUCAUCUCCAUGAUCUGCCACCUGAUAAGGAGCCAUUAGAUUGGAACACAAGAAUGAAGAUUGCUGCUGGGGCAGCAAGGGGGUUGGAAUACUUGCAUGAUAAAGCCAACCCUCCUGUUAUCUAUAGGGACUUCAAGUCAUCAAACAUACUGUUGGAUGAAGGAUUUCACCCAAAGCUUUCUGAUUUUGGACUAGCAAAGCUUGGUCCAGUUGGAGACAAAUCACAUGUUUCAACCAGGGUCAUGGGAACCUAUGGUUAUUGUGCUCCUGAAUAUGCUAUGACUGGACAAUUGACAGUGAAAUCAGAUGUCUACAGUUUUGGGGUAGUGUUCUUAGAGCUGAUCACCGGACGCAAAGCCAUUGACAGCACCCUCCCCCAUGGGGAACAGAAUCUUGUGACAUGGGCACGGCCAUUGUUUAAUGAUCGCCGGAAAUUCUCAAAAUUGGCAGACCCAAAACUGCAGGGACGGUAUCCCAUGCGGGGUCUCUACCAAGCUUUAGCUGUGGCAUCCAUGUGCAUUCAAGAACAGGCUGCUACUCGUCCUCUGAUAGGAGAUGUGGUCACUGCUCUUUCUUAUUUGGCAAAUCAGGCAUAUGAUCCUAAUGCGGCAGGUUAUGGUUACAGAGGUUCUGGGGAUAAAGAUGAUAGAAGAACCAGGGAUGAAAAAGGUGGAAGAAUAUCAAAGAAUGAGGAAGGGACAGGAUCUGGCCGCCGAUGGGACUUGGAAGGAUCGGAGAAGGAGGACUCUCCAAGGGAAACUGCUAGGAUGCUGAAUAGGGACUUAGAUAGAAAACGAGCUGUUGAAGAAGCCAGAAUGUGGGGGGAAAAUUUGCGAGAGAAAAGGCGACAGAAUGCACAGGGCAGUUUUGAUGGCAAUACAGAGUAGCAAAUUUGAUGGCUACAUAUUGCACUAUAUCCUGCGUUGGCUUUCUUCCUGUCUGUCACCUGAUAGGGUGUGCAAACACUAGAUUCGAAGCAAAUAUUCUUUUGCCUGACCAAAAUGUUAUUAUGUCUCUUUUUUCAAACGGACAGGUUCAUCGCAGUGGAAUUAGUGCCAAGGUGUUCCUUUUUUGUUGGUAUAUAACCAUAGUUUGUUUCAGAGAAGAUGAAGAUGAAGAUGAAGAUGAAGAAGAAAAUCAUAAUGUUGAAAAACCAGAAUAAUGAUUGUACAUUAACUGAUAGGAAGGUAAAAGAGCAGAAGGCCUAUUUAUAAGAUUUUGAGGUAAACAUGUCUGUGCAUCAUCUGACUUCUUCUUGCUCUUGUAGUACACGAACAAAAAGUCACUGUUGGAUUAGUUUCUUCAUCAAACAUUCUUACCAUCUAAUUCACAUAAUGUUGUUGAUCAAUUAGUUUGCAUUAAAUUAGACAAACACGAUUCAUAUUCUGCCUGAGGAUUUUACUAAAUCCAAUGUAAUAAGUUAUUCUAGAAUUGAUUCACCAAA